AGUACAAUUCUAAUUUCUUUAUUGCUCGACUUACAGAACAUUUUGUAUCUACCGCAGCCGUUCCCGGCGCGGCCAGUAGCCGUCGCUAACGACUCCACCUCCAUAGCUUUCUCUUUCUUCGAUCUUCUGUUCUUCAGUCUUCUCCGACCAACAAAACUUGGUUUAGUGAGAUAAAUUAAAGUUUCAUUUCUAAUAUGCCAAACUCAUCACUUCAAUUAAGCUUCGUCUCGAGACCUCCAUAACCAGUAACUGCAGAGAAAUCGUGAAUUCUGCGUUUCUUAGGUCUGAGAAAGGAUCGGAGAUAAUUAAUGGGUUUUCACCGGCUUUUCUCGUAGUUGAAGACAGGCUUAGCUAGGGUUUCGUUAUUUUGUGGUUGCAGUUCUUACACUACUGGGUUCUUGAUUUAGGGUUAAGAAAUGGAGAAUUACGGUCAACUCGGAGAGGAAACCGGCGCCGCCGCUGCGAGGCAAAGGGGAAGCGGAACCGGGUUCAUGUACGGCGGUUCGGUUCUUGGACCGCCGAGUUACGGGAGAACCGGCGGUGAAAGUAACCACGUGGCUACCGGUUUUCAUCUCCAGCCUGGCGGCGGCGGCGAGUGUUACGGCCAAUCGGACGGACCGCCGCACACGUCGGUGAAGAGUGAAGGCGGCGGAAGUAGCGGUUCGCAUCAUCAUCAUCAUAAUCACCAUCAAAUGUUUCAGUACCCUUUGAUGAUCAGAGAUCAUCUCCAUCCACGUCAGCAAGAAUCCGCUGGUGACAACUCUUUGAGCGAAGGCGAUGCUAUGAAGGCCAAGAUCAUCGCUCACCCGCAAUAUUCGAAUCUUCUGGAAGCUUACGUGGAUUGCCAAAAGGUCGGAGCUCCACCGGAGAUGGCGGCGCGUCUCUCGGCGGCCCGACAAGAGCUGGAGGGGAAGCAACGCGCUUCUUUCAUUGGUUCCAGAGAUUCCUCCAAGGACCCAGAACUCGAUCAAUUCAUGGAAGCAUACUAUGAUAUGCUUAUGAAGUACCGAGACGAGCUGACUAGGCCUUUCCAAGAAGCAAUGGAGUUCAUGCGACGGAUCGAAUCGCAGCUAAACAUGCUAAGCGACGGUCCGGUCCGGAUCUUCAACUCCGAUGACAAGUGCGAGGGCGUUGGUUCCUCGGAAGAGGACCAAGACAAUAGUGGUGGAGAGACCGAACUCCGGGAGAUAGAUCCCCGGGUGCAAGACCGGGAGUUGAAGAACCACUUGUUAAAGAAGUACAGUGGGUAUUUAAGUAGCCUGAAACAAGAACUUUCUAAGAAAAAGAAGAAAGGCAAACUGCCCAAAGAUGCCAGGCAGAAGUUGCUUAGCUGGUGGGAGCUGCACUACAAAUGGCCAUAUCCUUCGGAAACGGAGAAGGUGGCGUUGGCGGAAGCGACGGGGCUAGACCAGAAGCAAAUAAACAACUGGUUCAUCAACCAAAGAAAACGGCACUGGAAGCCAUCAGAAGACAUGCAGUUUAUGGUGAUGGAUGGUCUGCACCACCAAAACGCAGCGCUUUACAUGGACGGACACUACAUGGGAGACGCCCCUUACCGCUUGGGUCCAUAGUUUGAUUAACGUCGUCGUCCCAAACUGUUUUAAGGUUGUUAUUAGUAGGGACAUGCAUGCAUGCUUGAUCUGAUUUCAUGUUCGGCGAGUAAUUAAGGUCUGAUAGAUCUUUGGUGGGCAGCUCCGAUUGAUCCAUCAUCAUCAACCUGAUGACAUGAUGAAUUUGUAUCUCUUCUAUCUUCCAGAAAUACCACCCUAGCUUUUUGUUUUGCAAUUGAUUUGUGUAAUCUGGCAUGCAUGCAUCGGACGGCUCAUCUGUUAAUUAAUUUGCCUUGUUUUCUAGGUUAAAUUGCAUGUUUUAAUACCAAGUAUCUUCUUUUUUUUGAAAACAAUACCAAGUAUCUAUUUUACCUA